ACGGCUGUGGAUCUGACAAAAGGGAAAAAAUGGCAUCAAUAAGUGAUGGUGACGAUGAGAUAAUGCAAGAAGAAACCGGGCAACGAAAGACUCGUUCCGGAAGAAAAGUAUCCAAGCCGCCGACGACACCAAGAACUACCCGCCGAUCAACGAGAAAAAAAUCAGAACACGAUCUAAAUGAUCAAGAACAGCAAUCGAUUCAAUUGGGUUUAAUUGACGAACAACACCGACAAUAUACACCAUUGGAUGAAACGAUGAAUGUGGGUGCUGAGGAGCCGAAAAUUGAUCAAUUACUGUCGUCAAUAGAUGAAAAACCGGAGAUACAAAACGACAACAGUUUAUCGUUUCCAUUCGGCAAUCAUGGUACAUCCGAUUUAACUGCUUUGUACGAUCAGUCAUCGAUUGGUGCCAAUAACGACAAUGCACCGCCAACUGAUUCAAUAGACAAUCUAUUGGCGAAUUUAGCUGAAGACAAUGCCAAUUCGUUACCGUCCGGUGACGAUGAGUCGCGCUUUGCAUCGUCGGAAAUCAAUCAUUCUGGUGACGGAUUGAAAACCGAAGACGUUGACGCUUUGGUCAGUGAAUUGGUUCAUUCAGCUGCGAUGGAUCAAAGUGACACCGUGUCAAAUCCGCCUGCUUUGGCCGAAGAAUUGCCGAACGGAGAUAAUAGUCAAGACACAAAAUUGGAUAUCGAUGCGGAAAUGGUGUCCGAAGAUGAGCUGCCAGCACCGUCUCAGGAAAAAGUUGACGAUGCUGAAGAAGUCAGCGAUGACGAAUUGCCCGGACCGAAAUUAGCCGAAUUGCCCGAUGACACCGAGGUUGUGUCAGAGGACGAAUUUCCGUCGUCGAAUAAAAACAAACGCAAAGCUGACGUUGGUUAUGAUCCUGGUAGUCCGACGGAGAGUUCAGAAGUACCAGAAAAGAAGACGAAAAUUGAUGAGCCUCAAGAUGUUGAAGAGAAAAAGGAAGAGAAAGCCGAUGCUUCCGUUGAGGAGAAGAAAAUUUUGCCGGAGCUGGAAAAAUAUUGGAAGGCAGUCACUGAUGAUCCGACGAAUUUCACUGGCUGGACUUAUCUGCUACAAUAUGUGGACACAGAGAACGACAUUGAAGCGGCCCGUACUGCAUAUGAUGCAUUUUUGGCUCAUUAUCCAUACUGUUACGGCUAUUGGCGUAAAUAUGCCGACUAUGAGAAACGAAAGGGGAACUUGGACAAAUGUGACGAGGUAUUUGAACGAGGACUUAAAUCGAUUCCACUAUCAGUUGAUCUUUGGAUUCAUUAUCUCGCCCAUGUGAAGCAAAAAAAUCCGGACGACGAGGAAUAUAUUCGAGUUCAAUUUGAUCGAGCGUUAGUAAGUUGCGGUCUGGAAUUCCGUUCUGAUAAAUUGUGGGAAGCUUAUAUUAAAUGGGAAACGGAGGGUAAACGAUUGACCAAUGUCAUCAGCAUUUAUGAUCGUUUGCUGGCUACGCCUACACAAGGUUACAACGGACACUUUGAUAGUUUUCAGGAGAUAGUCAACAACAAUCCCAUUUUGUCGCUGAUCAGUAUCGACGAGUUUAAAAAGUUUCGUAGCGAUGUCAGAGAAUCGACAGAAAAAGAUGCAUCCAAAGCCGAAUCAGAGGAUCUGGCUCCCGGCGAGGACGAACCCGAUGAUCAUGUGCGAGACGAAGAGGAGACAGCCGCAAUUAAGGAUAAAAUCUUGUCAGCCCGAAGAAAAAUACAUAAACAAAAUGUGGCCGCGGUCACAGCUCGCUGGACAUUCGAAGAAGGUAUCAAGCGACCGUAUUUCCAUGUCAAGCCGUUGGAGCGUUGUCAACUGAAAAACUGGAAAGAGUAUUUGGACUUUGAAAUUGAACAAGGCGAUAGAAAUCGAAUUUUGGUGUUGUUCGAACGAUGUUUGAUUGCAUGUGCUCUAUAUGAUGAAUUCUGGCUGAAAUUGAUUAGAUACUUAGAGUCGCAAAACGAUGAGAGUUUAAUUGAAAAAACGCGAGACGUAUACUUCCGCGCCUGUACAGUACAUCAUACCGAUAAGCCAGCAUUGCACAUGCUAUGGGCAUCUUUUGAAGAAUGUCAAAACGAUUUAACCAAAGCCCAAGAAAUUCUCACCAAUUUGGACACCGUAUGUCCGAAUCUACUUCAAGUAGCCUACAAACGCAUUAACAUUGAACGAAGGAAGGCCGACUUCAAAAAAUGUGCCGAAUUAUAUGAACACUACAUCAGCAGUGCUAAAAACAAAAACAUUGCCGGCACAUUGACGAUAAAGUACGCCCGUUUCUGCAAUAAAAUCAAAGGUGACCUGGAUGGUGGCAUAGCGAUAUUAAAGGCGGCACUCGAUAAGGAUCCAGCCAAUACCCGUUUAGCGCUACAAAUGAUCGACUUACUUCUACAGCGUCCUGCUGUUAGCGAAACUGAAGUGGUAUCAGUGAUGAAUACAUUUAUGGAACGUGACGGCAUCGAACCGGAUCAGAAAGUGUUGUUUGCUCAAAGGAAGGUCGAGUUUUUGGAGGAUUUCGGUAGCACAGCUAAAGGAAUGUUAGAAGCCCAAAGAGAAUUGCAGACAGCAUUGAACAAGGCAAACGAAACUAAAAAGAAAAAUGACGUUGCAACUGCCAAAAAGUCAACAAAAGAAACUACACAGCCGACGUCCAGUUCUUCAACAUACUACGGUAACUAUGGAUCCGGCAAUAAUUCCAGUUAUUACAAUGCCAGUCAGUACGGUACCCAACCAUAUAGCGACAGCUACGGUUACAAUCAAUGGCAACAGUAUGGAUCGGGAUAUGGAAAUGCAUACAGUAAUGCAUGGAGUGGUUACAGCAGCAGUGGAUAUUAUUAAAACGAACAAAAACAAAAAAUGUUUGUUCGGACAGUUGUGACCUUUUUUUCUAUUAUGUUUCUAUAGAAGCUGUUAAUUAGUUUCAAUUUCAAAAAUUUCAAAAUGAACACCGAGUCAACAUCCUUUCCGACCGAAACAGCAAAAAAUGAAAAAAUGGUGGGAAUGGAUUUGUGACCAUACUUUCAUUUGCAAUGUCAUGCCAUUUUCAUUUUGUUGUGUCAGUUCACAUUUAAUUUUUUUGUUUUUAACACCAGUUUUGAAUGAAACUAUUUGAAUGAAACUGAUUAAAAUUGGACCUAUUGUGUA